AUGCAGGAAUAUUUUAGCCAAUACAUCGAAGAGUACUAUGAAGUUGAUGAUGUUGUGGAAGAGCCUUUUGUUCCCAAACUCGAGGAAAGAACCAGGCUCGUAAACAUUGAAGACGUGAUUUCCCUGCUUGAAAAGGAAAAGGCAAAGGAUGUUAAAGUUAUUGAUCUCACUUCCGUCAUGGCCUCCCCCUUCGACUAUAUGACCAUUUGUUCGCCGAUCAACCCCAGACACGGCAAGGCGUUGACCGAGCGAAUUAGACAAUCCCUAAAAUUGAACGACGACGGCGACUCGGUGAAUAGACAACGUGUACUGCAUUCCACGAAUUCCGGCUGGUUCUGUGUGGAAGUGAACAAAAUUCAGAUCCACGUCAUGUCGACGGAAGCGCGUGCGCGAUACGAUCUCGAGUCGCUGUGGGAGGUGAACGAGAAUGAGGAUCAAGCCGAGGCUUCAUGGGUUGAUGACGUGAACGUCCUGCCUCAAAAUAAA